UAAAUUUUUUUCUACGGAACAAAAAUAUUCCGUCAGAUUGAUACGCUACUAGCACACACACAAAAUGCCUAGAAAGAAGUCUGCUUCCAAGAAGGCCCUCGAAGUAGCAUCCAAGAAGGUCCCCGCUGCUGUUGCCGCUCCCAAAAAGGAAAAGAAGCAGCCAAAGCAGGAAGAGUAUUCCUCUGAAUCCGAAGACUCAGUCUCUGAAGAUGAGGACGAGUUUGGUGAAUUAAUUACCAACGACGUUGAGUCGGGGAUUUCCGAGGUUUUGACCGCAAUCAAGCUGAAAGAUCCAAAGUUAUUUGAUCCGAACGUCAAGUUCUUCGAAGACCCUGAGAAGGCGGUCCAGAAGAUGGGCGCUAAAAAGGAGUCACACAAGCCAAUGUACUUGAAGGAUUAUCACAGGAUGAACUUGUUGACCGGUGGGGAUACUUACGAGGAGGAGGAAAUCGAUAUGCCAAUGGAAAAGACCUACGUCCAGCAGCAGGCCGAGGACAAGGAACAGAUUUUGUCUGAAAUCAAGAACGCUUUCGGCGGGGACGAAAUCGAGGAAAGUGACGACGAAGAUUUUUUGAAGAAGAAAGCGCCGCUCACCAGAGCGGAUCUCAUUGAUGCUGAAAGGAUGCACCCAUCCAGAAAGCUCGCGUUGCCAACCCCUGAAGGUGAAGGAGACCAAUUCUUGGAUGCCUUUAUUGGCUCCACCGCCUGGAUCCCUCAGAAGGGUGAUAAGAUGAUAAACUUGGACAAGAGAGAGGGCGACGAAGACGUUGAAGACGAUGAAGAGUUUGAUGAUGCCGUGGAUAACUUUGAAAGAGUGUACAAUUUCCGCUAUGAGGACUCUAGCGCUGCAGAGAUUGUCAGUUACGCCCGUACCCAGGCCACUUUGAGACGAUCCAAAACUAAUUCUCGUAAGAAGGCCAGAGAGCAGAAGCAUGAGGACGCCAGAGUCGAAAAGGAGAAGAAGAAUGAGGCCAUCACCAAGAAGAAAAGUAUCAAAGUCAACAAGGUGAUGGACAGAUUGAAGCAGAUCAAGGAGGCGGUCGGCGAUGAAGUUAGCGACGAAACCAUCACCAGAGUGUUUGGUGACACCUUGAUGAAGGACGAUUACGACGAGGCCGAAUGGGAUGCCAAGAUGACCGAGAUUUUCGACGAACAAUACUACAACGACGACGGUGCCAAACCUGAGUGGAGCGAUGACAGCGACAUGAUGAACGAUGAAAGUGAGGUGGAAGCCUCCGGUAAGCACAGCACCGAAGAUGCUGAAGACGGUCCAGUCCAAAAGAAGUCUAAGAAGGACAAGUUGAAGGACAAGAAGGCUAAGAAGAAGGAAAAGGAAUCCAUCAAGGAUACUGCCGAGAAGAUUGUCCUCAAAAACACCCCGCAAAUCAUCGACGAGGUGGAGGAAGAGCAGGAAAGAAAGAGAGGCAGAUCCAUCACCGACGACGUCAAGUUCAAAUACCGCGAAGUUUCUCCCGAUUCAUUCGGUUUGACCUCCAGAGAGAUAUUCCUUGCGGAUGACAAGGACUUGAACGACUUUAUUGGCUUAAAGAAGUUUGCUCCAUACAGGCCUAAGGACCAAAGAAUGAAGGACAAGAGAAAAUACGCAAAGGCCAAAAAUUUGAAGGAAUGGAGAAAAAGAGUUUUCAAGAACGAGAAUGGGCCCCCAGAAGACCAGUAGGUCGUAUAUAGAUAUAGUAUUUGCAC